GGAAGUAGCCUAUAUAAAUGAACUGAUUAUCUAAAUGCACAAUUACAGGGGCCUCUACUAGCAAUAACUGUACGAGCGGUUACAGGAGUACUGAUCGAGGAAGGUGAAGGGACUUGAGUCUUAUAUGGGCGUUAUGUGCCUCGUAUGGAGAUCCAGAUUAGUGGUGUCCAUGAUUCUGGUUGUUGUACUCUGUGGUGUGUAUGCAUCAGACGCACAACCAAUUGGAAAAGUUUAUCCACGCGGAAAUCACUGGGCUGUUGGGCACUUAAUGGGCAAGAAAAGCACAGAUGAGCAGGUCAGACCAGAGGAAUCAGAAGGUGAUGAUAAGACCUUUAUGACGACCCCAGACCAGGAUCUGCUGCUGGAAAGAUUCAACAAACAUCUGUAUGCGCUCAUGAGAGGACAGACAGGAGCGGAGAGCAUGCAGGACGGCACAGAGGAGAUCGAUGCUUCGAAACUGCUCCAGCGCAUGCUGACCAAGAGACGUCAGUGGGAGGAAGAUCACGAGAGAGACAGACAAGUCAAACUGGUUGAGGACUUCUUGUUAAAGGCUUUGAGAAUGAAGGAUGACAACCAAAGCUGAGGACAAACCGGACGAAAGACUGUGGUUUGAAGUUCACUUGUCAACUGACUCUGUCAAACACUUUAUUCCACAACAUAUAAAUAAGCAUGUUAUAUUUUUGUAUGUCACUAUCUCAAGGAAAAUACACAUAAACUGAGUGUCAUCAUUCUGUAUAUUUUAUGCUAUUGUUUUAUAAAUGAAUUCAUCUUCUUGGUAACUGACACCAUAUAGUAAGCAUUGUAGUCAUAGUUCAGCUGAAUAAUAUAUAAUCAAUUUGAACUUGUUGGGCUAUCUGCGGUUUAUAAAAAUGACAGUGUGCUAUAUAAAUACGCUACAUAUAAUACAUUGCUUUCCAUGCAUUAUGAUUAAACAGUAAAUGUACUAAGCUUGAAUACGCUAGUAUGUGUCAAAGAAGAGUAAAAAAACUGAAUUUCUCA